AUGUUUAUCCUUGUUUUUCUAGUGAUAUGCAGCUUUCGAGGAUCUGUCCCUCAAGGGUUGGUCUUAGAAAUAGGAGAAACAGUCCAGAUUCUUGAAAAAUGUGAAGGUUGGUAUAGAGGAGUCUCAACAAAGAAGCCAAAUGUAAAGGGGAUCUUUCCUGCAAAUUACAUUCAUUUGAAAAAAGCAAUUGUCAGUAAUAGGGGGCAGUAUGAAACUGUGGUUCCACUUGAAGAUUCUAUUGUGACUGAAGUUACAGCAACUCUGCAAGAAUGGGCCAGUCUGUGGAAACAACUCUAUGUGAAACAUAAAGUAGAUCUUUUCUACAAGCUACGCCAUGUGAUGAAUGAACUUAUUGACCUUCGAAGGCAGCUCCUGUCUGGUCACCUGACUCAGGAUCAGGUGCGGGAGGUUAAGCGGCACAUCACCGUGCGCCUGGACUGGGGCAAUGAGCAUUUGGGCCUGGACCUGGUGCCUCGAAAGGACUUUGAAGUAGUGGAUGUGGACCAGAUUAGUGUCUCAGAUCUCUAUAAAAUGCAUUUAUCUAGCCGGCAGAGCGUACAGCAAAGCACAUCUCAGGUAGAUACAAUGCGCCCACGACAUGGGGAAACCUGUCGGAUACCAGUGCCACAUCACUUCUUCCUCAGUCUGAAGAGUUUCACCUACAAUACCAUUGGGGAAGAUACCGAUGUCUUCUUUUCCUUAUAUGAUAUGAGAGAAGGCAAGCAGAUCAGUGAGCGGUUUCUGGUGAGACUGAACAAGAAUGGUGGGCCAAGGAACCCAGAGAAGAUAGAACGAAUGUGUGCCCUUUUUACAGAUCUGAGCAGCAAAGAUAUGAAGAGAGAUUUAUAUAUAGUUGCCCAUGUGAUACGAAUAGGCCGGAUGCUCCUGAAUGACUCAAAGAAGGGCCCUGCUCACCUGCACUAUCGGCGGCCAUAUGGCUGUGCAGUCCUAAGCAUCCUGGAUGUCCUGCAGUCGCUCACAGAAUUAAAGGAAGAGAAGGAUUUUGUUCUUAAGGUUUACACGUGCAACAACGAGAGUGAGUGGUCCCAGAUCCACGAGAAUAUCAUCCGCAAGUCCAGUGCCAAGUACUCUGCCCCCAGCGCCAGUCAUGGUCUUAUCAUUUCUCUGCAGCUUCUUCGUGGAGACAUGGAACAGAUUAGGAGAGAAAAUCCUAUGAUAUUUAAUAGGGGAUUGGCAAUUACAAGAAAAUUGGGAUUUCCUGAUGUCAUCAUGCCAGGUGAUAUCCGCAAUGACCUGUACCUAACCCUGGAGAAGGGGGACUUCGAGAGAGGGGGAAAGAGUGUACAGAAGAAUAUUGAAGUGACCAUGUAUGUGCUUUACGCAGAUGGAGAAAUCUUGAAGGAUUGCAUCAGCUUGGGUUCAGGAGAGCCGAAUAGGAGUUCCUACCACUCCUUCGUCCUCUACCACAGUAAUAGUCCUCGCUGGGGAGAAAUUAUCAAAUUGCCCAUCCCCAUUGACCGGUUCCGGGGCUCCCACCUGCGCUUCGAGUUCAGACACUGUUCCACAAAGGACAAAGGGGAAAAGAAACUCUUUGGCUUUGCAUUCUCACCCCUGAUGCGGGACGAUGGCACCACCCUCUCAGAUGAUAUCCACGAGCUCUAUGUGUACAAGUGUGAUGAGAAUAGCACAUUUAACAACCAUGCUCUGUACCUGGGCCUGCCCUGCUGCAAAGAGGACUAUAACGGCUGCCCUAACAUCCCCUCCAGCCUCAUCUUCCAACGCAGCACCAAAGAGUCUUUCUUCAUUUCCACACAGCUCUCCUCCACCAAACUCACCCAGAAUGUGGACCUCCUUGCUCUGCUGAAAUGGAAGGCCUUUCCAGACCGGAUCAUGGACAUCCUAGGGCGGCUGCGGCAUGUCAGUGGGGAGGAAAUUGUUAAGUUUCUACAGGACAUCUUAGAUACGCUGUUUGUGAUUUUGGAUGAUAAUACAGAGAAAUAUGGCCUGUUGGUGUUUCAGUCUUUGGUAUUCAUCAUCAACCUGCUCCGAGACAUCAAAUAUUUCCACUUCCGACCUGUAAUGGACACAUACAUCCAGAAGCACUUUGCUGGAGCCCUGGCAUACAAGGAGCUAAUCCGCUGUUUGAAGUGGUACAUGGACUGCUCAGCAGAACUGAUUCGGCAGGACCACAUUCAGGAAGCCAUGAGGGCCUUGGAGUACCUUUUCAAGUUUAUUGUGCAGUCAAGGAUCCUGUACUCACGUGCCACCUGUGGGAUGGAAGAGGAGCAAUUCCGGUCCAGCAUCCAAGAACUUUUCCAGUCCAUCCGGUUUGUGCUCAGUUUGGACAGCAGAAACUCAGAAACACUCCUUUUCACUCAGGCUGCACUUCUCAAUUCCUUCCCAACGAUCUUUGACGAGCUGCUGCAAAUGUUCACUGUGCAGGAGGUAGCAGAGUUUGUGAGAGGGACUCUGGGGAGCAUGCCCAGCACUGUGCACAUUGGGCAGUCAAUGGAUGUGGUCAAGCUGCAGUCCAUUGCCAGAACUGUGGAUAGCCGCCUAUUUUCUUUCUCAGAAUCCCGCCGCAUCCUGCUUCCUGUGGUUCUCCAUCACAUUCACCUUCACCUGAGGCAGCAGAAAGAGCUGCUAAUCUGCUCAGGGAUUCUUGGCAGCAUCUUCUCCAUCGUCAAGACCAGCUCUCUGGAGGCAGAUGUCAUGGAGGAGGUAGAAAUGAUGGUGGAGAGCCUCUUGGACGUGCUCUUACAGACUCUGCUCACCAUCAUGAGCAAAUCGCACGCUCAGGAGGCGGUAAGAGGGCAGCGGUGCCCGCAGUGCACAGCGGAGAUCACUGGCGAGUAUGUGUCCUGCCUUCUCUCAUUGCUCCGCCAGAUGUGUGACACCCAUUACCAGCACCUCCUGGACAACUUCCAGAGCAAAGAUGAGCUCAAGGAAUUCCUGCUGAAGAUUUUCUGUGUGUUCCGGAACCUGAUGAAGAUGAGUGUCUUUCCUCGGGACUGGAUGGUGAUGAGACUUCUCACAAGCAAUAUUAUAGUCACUACAGUCCAGUACCUGUCUUCUGCACUGCACAAGAAUUUCACAGAGACAGACUUCGACUUUAAGGUGUGGAAUUCUUAUUUUAGCCUGGCAGUUCUGUUCAUAAAUCAGCCAAGCCUUCAGCUAGAAAUCAUUACUUCCACCAAGAGGAAGAAGAUUCUAGAUAAGUAUGGGGACAUGCGUGUGAUGAUGGCUUAUGAACUGUUCAGCAUGUGGCAGAAUUUGGGUGAACAUAAGAUCCACUUUAUUCCGGGAAUGAUUGGUCCUUUUCUGGGUGUGACACUGGUCCCACAGCCAGAAGUGCGGAAUAUCAUGAUUCCCAUCUUUCAUGACAUGAUGGACUGGGAGCAAAGGAAAAAUGGCAACUUCAAACAGGUGGAGGCCGAGCUGAUUGACAAGCUGGACAGCAUGGUGUCAGAAGGGAAAGGCGAUGAGAGCUACAGGGAGCUCUUCGGCCUGCUAACCCAGCUGUUUGGGCCCUACCCCAGCCUGCUGGAGAAAGUUGAACAGGAAACAUGGCGCGAGACCGGCAUUUCCUUUGUAACCUCGGUCACCCGCCUCAUGGAACGCCUUCUUGACUACAGGGAUUGCAUGAAAGGAGAGGAGACAGAGAAUAAGAAGAUCGGCUGCACUGUUAACCUGAUGAACUUUUACAAAUCUGAGAUUAACAAAGAAGAGAUGUAUAUCCGCUAUAUCCAUAAGCUUUGUGACAUGCAUUUGCAGGCCGAAAACUACACAGAAGCUGCAUUCACUCUGCUCCUCUACUGUGAGCUGCUACAGUGGGAGGAAAGGCCACUGCGGGAAUUCCUCCAUUACCCAUCCCAGACAGAGUGGCAGCGGAAAGAGGGACUGUGCCGCAAGAUCAUCCACUACUUCAACAAAGGCAAGAGUUGGGAAUUUGGGAUCCCACUGUGCAGGGAGCUGGCGUGUCAGUAUGAGAGCCUCUAUGAUUAUCAGAGCCUCAGCUGGAUUCGGAAAAUGGAGGCCAGCUACUAUGACAACAUCAUGGAGCAGCAACGCCUGGAGCCUGAGUUCUUUCGGGUCGGCUUCUAUGGCAGGAAGUUUCCUUUUUUCCUUCGGAACAAAGAAUACGUGUGCCGUGGCCACGACUACGAGAGGCUGGAGGCCUUCCAGCAGAGGAUGCUCAGCGAGUUCCCACAGGCUGUCGCCAUGCAGCACCCCAACCACCCUGAUGACACCAUCCUGCAGUGUGAUGCCCAGUACUUGCAGAUCUAUGCAGUGACGCCCAUUCCAGAUUAUGUGGACGUCCUGCAGAUGGACAGGGUCCCAGAUCGCGUCAAGAGCUUCUACCGCGUCAACAAUGUGAGGAAGUUCCGGUACGACAGGCCUUUUCACAAAGGCCCCAAGGACAAGGAGAAUGAAUUCAAGAGCCUGUGGAUCGAGCGUACCACGCUGACCCUGACCCACAGCUUGCCUGGCAUCUCUCGGUGGUUCGAAGUGGAGAGGAGGGAGCUGGUGGAGGUGAGCCCCCUGGAGAAUGCCAUCCAGGUGGUUGAGAAUAAGAACCAGGAGCUGCGGGCCCUGAUCAGCCAGUAUCAGCACAAGCAGGUGCACGGCAACGUCAACCUGCUCAGCAUGUGUCUGAAUGGCGUCAUUGACGCCGCUGUCAACGGAGGCAUUGCACGCUACCAAGAGGCCUUCUUUGAUAAAGAUUAUAUCACCAAGCACCCAGGAGAUGCUGAGAAGAUCACUCAGCUCAAGGAACUCAUGCAAGAGCAGGUUCAUGUUCUUGGAGUCGGGCUGGCAGUUCAUGAGAAGUUCGUGCACCCAGAAAUGCGCCCUCUGCAUAAGAAGCUGAUUGAUCAGUUCCAGAUGAUGCGGGCCAGUCUCUACCAUGAGUUUCCGGGUUUGGACAAGCUAAGUCCUGCAUGUUCAGGCACCAGCACCCCACGGGGAAAUGUCCUAGCAUCCCAUAGCCCCAUGAGCCCAGAGAACAUCAGGAUGACCCACCGGCACAGCCCCAUGAACUUGAUGGGGACCGGCCGCCAUUCAUCAUCCUCUCUCUCCUCACACACAUCUAGCGAAGCUGGAAACGUGGUGAUGUUGGGUGACAGCUCCAUGGGCGAGGCUCCUGAGGACCUGUACCAUCACAUGCAGCUCGCGUAUCCCAACCCCAGGUACCAGGGCUCAGUCACCAACGUCUCUGUUCUGUCCUCGUCCCAGGCAAGCCCUUCUUCCUCCAGCCUGAGUUCCACUCAUUCAGCACCAUCCCAGAUGAUUACCUCUGCCCCUUCCAGUGCCCGAGGCUCUCCCUCUCUGCCAGAUAAGUACCGCCAUGCCCGGGAAAUGAUGUUGCUGCUGCCCACACACCGGGAUCGCCCAAGCAGUGCCAUGUAUCCAGCAGCCAUCCUGGAGAACGGACAGCUGCCAAACUUCCAGCGGGCCCUGUUCCAGCAAGUGGUUGGAGCCUGCAAACCCUGCAGUGAUCCCAAUCUGUCUGUGGCUGAAAAAGCGGUGCCAGCAGCCCCCAGCAGCUGGAGCCUGGAUAGCGGAGCCCGAGAGGCCCAGCCCUUCCUGUCUGCCCACACGGGGUGCAUCCUGGCCCCCCCAGUGCCUCCCCGAAGCCUGCUGCAUGGUCAUUACUCCCUACACUUUGACGCCUUCCACCACCCCCUGGGUGACACCCCCCCGGCCCUCCCAGCCCGGACCCUGCGCAAGUCUCCUCUCCACCCUAUCCCAGCCUCCCCCACAAGCCCCCAGUCGGGCCUGGAUGGCAGCAACUCUACGCUGUCUGGCAGUGCCAGCAGCGGUGUGUCUUCCCUAAGCGAGAGUAACUUUGGGCACUCCUCGGAGGCCCCUCCUCGAACCGACACCAUGGACUCUGUGCCGAGCCAGGCCUGGAAUGCUGACGAAGAUCUUGAGCCGCCCUACCUCCCCGUCCACUACAGCCUCUCCGAGUCCGCUGUCCUGGACUCCAUCAAGGCCCAGCCGUGCCGAAGCCACUCAGCCCCGGGAUGUGUCAUCCCUCAGGACCCCAUGGACCCACCUGCGCUGCCCCCCAAGCCCUACCACCCCCGCCUGCCGGCCCUGGAGCACGACGACGGUGUGCUGCUGCGCGAGGAGGCCGAGAGGCCUCGGGGCCUGCAUCGCAAGGCCUCGCUGCCUCCUGGGAGCACCAAGGAAGAGCAGGCUCGCAUGGCCUGGGAGCACAGCCGAGGGGAACAAUGA